GUGAAGGAAGGGGGAGCAAGGCUGUGAUUUGUAUUCACACUUCUGGGAGGUAACCCAAAGCAGCAUUAGCUGGCUGGAUGUAGCCACAACCUGUUUUGCUUCCACUCUGCCCUCCAGGGCCUCAGCAGGCACGGUCCUCUAGGAAACGAAAUGGGAGGGGACGCCUCUUUCAGAAAGGUCACUGGGACUCUGGGAGCUUCUGCAGGUGCUUAUGUUCUUUUAGGGAGGCAUGCAGGCAAGAGCCAGGGCUAGCUAGGAGGUGCAGCCUGGGCUGUCUCUUCAUGCUGGCUGCCCCCACCUUGAGGAUCAGGAUGAAGCGGCAGGCGUUUUGGACGGGUUUGGAGUAUUCCUGUCGAUUCUUGGGCAUCUCCACAGCAGCAGUACUAAUCGGCGUGGGAGUUGAAACCUUACUCCAAGGACAAUUCAAAAGCCUGGCUUUCUACCUUCUCUUUUCAGGGACUGCAGUUUCCAUAUGUGAAGGAUCCUACUUUGUGGCGAACCUGCUUUCACUCUGCUUCAGGUGUCAACCAGAAUCUCUGGCCUAUGUUUUAUGGGAAAAGGCCUGCAAGCUGGGUUGCUUCCAGAAAUUCCUGGGCUAUGUGCUGCUUUCUGUCGCCUGCUUUCUGCACCCAGUGCUGGUCUGGCACGUGACCAUCCCAGGGUCUAUGCUGAUCAUCACUGGCCUGGCAUAUUUCCUCCUGAGUAAACGUAAGAAAAACAAAGCUAGCUGUACCCCCGAACGGUACACAGACCCCUCUGCUAGCACCGUGAGCACCACAGGAUAUGGGAAUACUGAGCAAACGUACACCUUCCACAGCUCCUUCAGGGAAGGGCCAACCUCCCUCUUUGGCCACAUGAAAAGUAUUUUGAAGGGGAACAAGAAGUCUCCCCCAGCCAGGCCCCCAGACACAUUGAUGGAGCUAGUUCUGGAGCCAGCUGAUUUGCUGCCUGGAAAGAAGCAGGUGCACUUCGAAGAGAAGGUGGUCAAAAUCAUUCCCUCUAUCACCGAGAGCCUGGAAGACAGGGACAGUGAACCAGAGGAAACCACCUCUGACACUGUGCCCAUCAUCCCCCCUCCAGAGGCCCCUCUCCUUAUGUCUUCCCUUGCAGCCACAGGCUUAUUUUGAAGAGCACAUAGGGUUCCCCUUCCAUCACUCAUCACAGAGGGUCCAAAAGGGGACCCUUCCUCUAGAAGUUCCUGAAGGAUGUCCAAUCUCAUAUUGCCACCCCUCUAAGAGCCCUUGAGUUCCAAAGGCUCUCCAAGGAAUUCAUGAGGUCUGACAAGGAUUUGGGUUUCAGAGAGUCCACAAGGAGCUCACGGAAUCUCCCAGGAGGACUCUACAAAAGUGAUGCAGCAAACCCCUGAUGUAUGGUUAGAAAGGCUCAUUUACUCUCAUUUCAUGUGGGAGCUGAGCCCUAGGAACAUAUAGUAACUUGCUAGGUCUCUCUUUAAUGGGCAGUCCAUAUUGCCUAGUCAAGAACCAUGUUCUUUCUGUUUCCAUCAAUUUUUACAUUAUAGGUUUUUGUUUUUUCAAGAAAAGCCCUUCACAUCUAUUUCACACAGGAGGGGAUUGCACAGAAUGUCCUUUUCUCUGCAAAGGGACACCUGGAGUGGACCCAGAGACUGAGUUCCCAAUGAAUUACCUUGCUGUACCCCUGUGUACCAUACACAGUCCUGUCUGCUAUGGCUUAUCUAUUAGUCAAGAUUGUGUUCAGUCCCACAGUCAAGAUAUAGUCUGGCAACUCAGAGUAGCCCCGUAUUGUUCAUCCAAGGCCAUCUGCCUCAGCUCUAGUUGACCAGGGAGUCCAUGUGCCUUUUGAACAAGCACAAAGAUGUAUGAUCUCACUGAAUUUAGAGUCCAUCAAGAGUAUUUAUUAAGUACCUCCUGUGUGCUUUGGUGCCAGAAGGAGUUAUAAAGGAAGCACAGUAAAAGUUCAUUUUGGAAAGUUGGCCACCAGGUGAUGAAUUUUGUUGGUUUCGAAGGUCCACGGAAAGGACAAACUUCACUAAAUAGUUAUAAGGGUGGAGGGGCGGGGGAUGUCUGAGGGAAAAGAGAAUUUCAUAACAAUUUUCAGGUAAUUCCCACAGCAUCUAUUCUGAGAAUAUUUUUCCAGUUUCCAGAGAGGUGUGGAAACCCUUGAGGAACUGAAAGCACUGAGAACUCAUCUGCUGUGAUGUCAUGUCAUGUCAUGACAGAGAACAUUAAUUCUAAGCAUAAUGCACAAGCAAAAUUCAACCCAGAGAAAGACUCCACAGAAGCUCUUUGCAGAGGGGACUCUUGGGGGGUUGGGGGUCGGGCUUGAUGGCCUCUGAGGUCACUUCUGGCUCUGGCCUUAUGUCAUUCUUAUGUCAUUCACCCUGUAAGAGUCCUCUGGCUUACAAGCACGUCCUGGACAAGAGGAGUAGCCUUAAAUCAGUGACAAACCUCAAUUAGUAUAUAUUCAUAUGGAAAUGGAAGAUUGUGUCUUUGCAGUGCACACAACAACCCGUGAAAUUAACCCCAUUGAUUAACAAAGCACCAUCUAGUAAAGGUAUCUAAGGAGGUUUGCUUUAAUAAUCGUUUUAAUUAACAUUUCAAUUGUAUGUAUAUUCUUAGGGUUUGAAGAACAGUUUUUCUGUUCUUGAUAAACAAACACAUUUCUCCCACAAUUCUGUUUGCACUAUUAAUUCGCACUUUCUACAGAGACUUAGUAAAUAGAAGCCCAGGCCAGCCUGGUCUCCUUAAGAGGGAAUGGAGAGGGGCAGCUAGGUGGCACAAU